AAGAAAAGGGGGAGAGAGAGAGGAGAGAGAGAGAGAUAUCUACUUACAAGCUGCUGUCAGAUAUCCGAUCGCUAUUCGCAUGGCGAGGAGGUAACCUGAUCGAGCUGGAGGAGGAGGAGGAGUGACUUUACCAGUGGGGAAAAGGUUUGAAAGAAAAAAAAAAUGUCUUCUUCUUCUGCCGGAGAAGUCACAACAACAGCAAAUGACAUCAAGAGGGAAAAUGUGAAGGAGGCGGAUAAGCGCAUGAAGCUUGUGGACGCGGUGGAGUUGUCCAUGGAGCGCAACAACACGGUGGAUGCGGUGCGCAACACGGAGCUGCUGGUGAGCGCCGCUUCCUCUCUGGCUUUCUCUCCGGAGCAAGUGGCGUGCGUCUGCGAGGCUCUGCAGCAGGGAGGUAAUGUGGACCGGCUGGCCAGGUUCCUGUGGUCCCUGCCACAGAGCGACCUGCUCCGAGGUAAUGAAAGCAUCCUGAAAGCGCAAGCCCUCGUCGCGUACCACCAGGCUCGGUACCAGGAGCUGUACAGUAUUCUGGAGAACCACAGUUUCAGCGCGUCCAACCACACCUUUCUGCAGGAUCUGUGGUACAAGGCGAGGUACUCCGAGGCGGAGAAGGCGAGGGGGAGACCUCUGGGUGCCGUGGACAAGUACCGGAUCCGGAGAAAGUACCCUCUGCCCAGGACUAUCUGGGACGGAGAGGAGACUGUGUAUUGUUUCAAGGAGAGGUCCAGAAACGCGCUGAAGGAUCUGUACAAUCAGAAUAGGUACCCGUCUCCGGCCGAGAAGAGAAACCUCGCCAAGAUUACGGGACUCUCCUUGACCCAGGUCAGCAACUGGUUCAAGAACAGGAGACAGAGAGACAGAAAUCCGUCCGAGGCACAGUCAAAAAGUGAAUCUGAUGGAAACCACAGCACAGAGGAUGAGUCUAGCAAAGGCCACGAGGAGUUGUCUCCCCGGCCCCUCUCUAAUUCCUCAGAUGGGGUGAUCACCCAUGGGACCCUUCCCAUUCAAACAGGGCCUAUGGACAGUGGGGUGGUCAUCCAGCAGAUCGGGGACAUCAAGCUGCCCCCUGGAUCCAGCAGUGGCGGUCUCUACAACGGAAACCUAGUGACCAGUAACAACUCCUCCACUGUGUUUCACAACGGCGGCUCGUCUUACCUCCACUCACCUGGAAACAUCCUCUUCAAUGGGCUCAAUCUGGGCAUCCAGCCGCUGGCCUUCAACCCUCUGAGGCCGUCUGGAGGGGUGUUAAUGGGGGGCUCUGGUAUGGACAUGCACAUGCAGACAGGACAGGAGAAGGGACUGGGCAGUUCUGCUGAGGACUCGGCCCUGCAGUACGCCUCCUACUCGGGUUGUGUGAAUGGAGCAGAGGUGAAGCUGGAGGGGGUUCCUACCAUGGCCUCCCAGAACGGAGGCUCCUCCGUGCUCACGUUUAGCUCCUCGUCAGGUGCGCUGCAGCUGGGCGGCUACAGUCUGGUCCAGUUACCAGGUGGAGUCUCCGACAACGAUGGCAGCUCAUUACUCAACAGCGACGUAGGUCUUCCUCCUCUGCAGCUCUCUUCUGCCUCAACAAUCACACAACAAGGUACCAUGCCUCUGAACAAUGUAGCAGUGAGUUCCUCCAACGACUCGUUCCAGCAGCAGGACAAGCUGACCAUGUCGUCCCUGCACCACAGCACAGUCCUCUACAGCAUGAGCAACGCCGGCCAGCCGUCCAUCAAGAAGGAGCCUCUGGAGGGAGGCGUCUACGCCUCGUACCACCACGGGCUCCACAUGGACCCCAACGGUCACCUCAGCUACACCGGCCCCAACUCAGAAGAGGUUCCCUCCAGCCAAGGUCCCGCCUCGACCGCCGAGGUCUCCGCCAUCAGCUCGUCCAGCCCCGAGCCAGAGGUCUACACCACCCUCACCGUCAGCACGCCCCUGAUGGCCCAAACGAACCCCAGCAGCCACCACAUGCAGCCCGCGGAGUACCUCCGAGGGCCCCCCUCGCACCUGAUAGGGCCCGGCAUGAACAGCAACUACAUGAACCUUUCAGAGAACAAGGCGGACGGCUCGGGCUCAGGAGGCGUGAGCGAGAUGGUACGGGCGAUGUGCGGGGAGAUGGAGGCUGUGGAGGGGAAGGAGCUAGCCAAACUACAGACAGUGCAGAUGGAGGAGGACAUGGCUGACCUUUAACCUCAAACCUCUCUCCUCUCCCACAGAAGCACUCGUGUCCGCCCAAGCAGUGAUAUGGUGAAUCUUUUUACUUUUGUGUGAGCGUGUGUGUGUGUGUGUGUGUUUUUUUUACCAUUCAUUUCCUUUAAAUGUUAAAUUAUUUGUGUUCAUUUGACUUUUACGAUGCACUCUAGUCAGAAGGGAGCCCUGUCUGUAGGCGGGCAUUAUCAGUUUAUCAUAAAAAUAAACCAAAAAAAGUCUAUGACACUUUUUAAAAGCCCCGUUCAUGAGAUGAAACAUUGCGACUGCUAGCAGAAGAAGUCGCUGUGUGUGUUCGAGCCGUGUUUAAAUGUGCAUUUUUUAUAGACAACACCUGCUACUUCCUGUUGAGUGGAUUUGAUCUGCAGAAGCAGGUGCUGGAAUGCCUCCAGUCAUGUGACCAGGAUGUUCCUCCAAACUAAAUGCGUCAUAUGGGUCAAACCAAAAAGGUCAUUCGGUAGGGGGGAAGAGGGACAGAGCCUCAGUCGGUUAAACAGCGACAGCCUCACUAAAAGGACUGCACACACACAGAGAAUAGGUCAUUAAACACACAACGCUGCUGAUUUAGGAAAAAAGUGUCCUUCAGUUAUCACCUUAAACUCUUUGAAUGCCUCUCAAGUCACUGCAAAACCUUGUUUCUGUGCUUUAAAUCAUACCAAAUGAACUAGGAGUGUUGGACUAAGACGAAUGUGCCUUUCUGCUACUUAAAAUACACAAUGGCAUUGGUCUGUUUUGGCAUUUGCACUACCAUGAUGAUGUUUCAAACAGCCUUCACGUUGGAGGGUUUGACACACCUCAACAAAUGCACACUAUUUCACUCAUAUUUCAAGCCUCAUCGUCAACCUGUGAGACCGAGAUAUGAACGAUGACCUAAAGGUCAACGCUGUCGGCUCACACGUUGUUCAUCAUACCUUGUUUAUAACGCUGCAACUCAUAGUAUGUUAACUAGAUGUGAUGAUGCUCUACUAUAUCCUGUUUCAUUUUGAUGUGUCUCUCCAAAUGUCAGUAAUCACGAAUGAUAUUUUUCUAUAAAGGGAUUGUAAUGAUCUCUUUUUGCAUGGCGUCAUAAUGUGUUGGACACUAGUGCCUUUUUACUUUUGUUUUGUGAAGAACACUGAAAGAAAGCUCAGAAAGUCUUGCGUUGGCGUGCAGGCAGUGACAUUGCAGCUUCAGAGAUUUACCGCCCGCCGCCGUCACUGGCACAUUUGUUGGGUGUCAGUUGAGGGAAAGACAAGAGAAUGUGGAGCCCGUUUGUCGAGUGUGUCCGGUGCUUUUUACAACAGGAGCCUAAUUCCUCGCCGUCAUACGUGACCAUAAUAGCACAUUUCAGCCUAGCAGCCAACUCUCACCCAUGCACAUCUCUCAGUGCAUCACACGUCUUCAUACAAGUGGACUAGUAAUGCUUUUCUUUGUCAGGAUUUAUGACACAAUCCCAUCAAUUUGAAUGGACGUUUCAGUGAAAGUAUCCUCAGUGCUUUAAUGUCAUAUACCAAAAAUGAGUCGAGGGCAAAUAGUAAAAAUGAUGGUCAUUUGUUUUGUUUUUUAAAUCUUAGUUUGAAUUAUAUGUUUGUUAUCUGAAAUUAUGUGAAUGUAUUUUUCUAAAUCUCCAUACUGCAAUAAAAGUUUAUAUUUAUAAAAACA